ACAGGGGGCUGGAGCAUCACUGGGCCCUGGGAGAAGGACAACUUCAUGGAGGUGCUGAAGACUGUGUCGGGCACCUACCGCGCCCAGCCCUUCUUCACAGUCAGAGUCAGUGUGGACCCCAAGAACUCCAAUAGCAACGUCAUCCAGGUCAGCUGCUCUGGUUUUGGGUCUAUUUAAAAUGAAAAUAAAUGUGCUAGCACACAUACACAAACACACAGGCAUGCAUGCACACAGAAGCAGGGCUGUUAAGGUAACCGUAUUACCGCCACACCGGCAGUCACGAGUCAUGAUGGCAGUCAAAUUCCAGGUGACCGUUUAGUCAAGGCAAUUAGGCUUCUCCAAGCUCUGAUGCUGUUGAUGGUCAUUAGUAGCCUACCAAACUUGCUAACUGCCAGGUAGUCAGCACUCUAUUGUCCCUUUAAUCACUCUGACAUCAAUGCAAAUGUCAUCGAAAAUCGAAUCAAACCCUUCACGAGAGCUCAUGUUGCGCAACAUUUCUAUCGGCUAUGCAAUUACGUGAGAAAAAAGAGUGAUGGCCUCUAUUAAAAAGAGGAUCCCAUCAGCUUUCUAUAGGCUAGGCCUAAUAUAGUGGGGGGAAAAAAGUAUUUAGUCAGCCACCAAUUGUGCAAGUUCUCCCACUUAAAAAGAUGAGAGAGGCCUGUAAUUUUCAUCAUAGGUACACGUCAACUAUGACAGACAAAAUGAGAUUUUUUUCCAGAAAAUCACAUUGUAGGAUUUUUUAUGAAUUUAUUUGCAAAUUAUGGUGGAAAAUAAGUAUUUGGUCAAUAACAAAAGUUUCUCAAUACUUUGUUAUAUACCCUUUGUUGGCAAUGACACAGGUCAAACGUUUUCUGUAAGUCUUCACAAGGUUUUCACACACUGUUGCUGGUAUUUUGGCCCAUUCCUCCAUGCAGAUCUCCUCUAGAGCAGUGAUGUUUUGGGGCUGUCGCUGGGCAACACUGACUUUCAACUCCCUCCAAAGAUUUUCUAUUGGGUUGAGAUCUGGAGACUGGCUAGGCCACUCCAGGACCUUGAAAUGCUUCUUACGAAGCCACUCCUUCGUUGCCCGGGCGGUGUGUUUGGGAUCAUUGUCAUGCUGAAAGACCUAGCCACGUUUCAUCUUCAAUGCCCUUGCUGAUGGAAGGAGGUUUUCACUCAAAAUCUCACGAUACAUGGCCCCAUUCAUUCUUUCCUUUACACGGAUCAGUCGUCCUGGUCCCUUUGCAGAAAAACAGCCCCAAAGCAUGAUGUUUCCACCCCCAUGCUUCACAGUAGGUAUGGUGUUCUUUGGAUGCAACUCAGCAUUCUUUGUCCUCCAAACACGACGAGUUGAGAUUUUACCAAAAAGUUCUAUUUUGGUUUCAUCUGACCAUAUGACAUUCUCCCAAUCCUCUUCUGGAUCAUCCAAAUGCACUCUAGCAAACUUCAGACGGGCCUGGACAUGUACUGGCUUAAGCAGGGGGACACGUCUGGCACUGCAGGAUUUGAGUCCCUGGCGGCGUUGUGUGUUACUGAUGGUAGGCUUUGUUACUUUGGUCCCAGCUCUCUGCAGGUCAUUCACUAGGUCCCCCCGUGUGGUUCUGGGAUUUUUGCUCACCGUUCUUGUGAUCAUUUUGACCCCACGGGGUGAGAUCUUGCAUGGAUCCCCAGAUCGAGGGAGAUUAUCAGUGGUCUUGUAUGUCUUCCAUUUCCUAAUAAUUGCUCCCACAGUUGAUUUCUUCAAACCAAGCUGCUUACCUAUUGCAGAUUCAGUCUUCCCAGCCUGGUGCAGGUCUACAAUUUUGUUUCUGGUGUCCUUUGACAGCUCUUUGGUCUUGGCCAUAGUGGAGUUUGGAGUGUGACUGUUUGAGGUUGUGGACAGGUGUCUUUUAUACUGAUAACAAGUUCAAACAGGUGCCAUUAAUACAGGUAACGAGUGGAGGACAGAGGAGCCUCUUAAAGAAGAAGUUACAGGUCUGUGAGAGCCAGAAAUCUUGCUUGUUUGUAGGUGACCAAAUACUUAUUUUCCACCAUAAUUUGCAAAUAAAUUCAUAAAAAAUCCUACAAUGUGAUUUUCUGGAGAAAAAAAAUCUCAAUUUGUCUGUCAUAGUUGACGUGUACCUAUGAUGAAAAUUACAGGCCUCUCUCAUCUUUUUAAGUGGGUGAACUUGCACAAUUGGUGGCUGAAUUAAUACUUUUUUCCCCCACUGUAUAUUUAUUUCUCAACUUUCCUAAUAUUAAGCACAUUGCUUCUCUUUACAACAGGAGUAUAGCCUACCUGGCUGGCAUGAAAAUUAACCACGGGAAUAGCGUCCUCCAUUUGCUGUUUAAGUGCAUAGAUGACAUGUAUAUUUUUCCCCUGCCCCUGUUUAGAGACAGGUGCAUGAUAAUGAUCCAUUCUAAAUCAAAACGAAUUUCACACAUAUAUAAUUUAGUAUAUGUAAAGAUUAAAUCAAGAAUAGUCUGAUGGGUGACAAUAUUAGCCUAUCACUUGUGAAUGAUGCCCAGCUUAAGGCAAGAAACAUGCCUUUUUUUGUGCCUUUUUUUAAAAUCAUAGUCGCACACCUCAUGUAGCCUAGCCCAUAGGCCUAUAUGUUUUGAUAAGGUUUGUAUUACAACUAAAGUGGCCAAAUACCUUCUUAAAAUGAAGCACAUUAAUCCGCUUUACAACGGGUGUAGAGCCUAACUGGCAUACAUACGCAGCGUAUGAGUUUCAAGUUUGGGGAAGAUAAUUCUCACCAUAAAAAUGCCCCUUUAUAAUAAAAGCAUUACAUGCAUAAUCGCAUUUGUGUGCUUUUGAUAAUGGUGUUUUCCUGCUAAUGGAACAUUGCGCUUAGCCUACUGUCGUGUGCGCAUUGCUGCACUUAUAAUGUGAAGAAAUAGCCUAAUAGUUUAUCAACAUUUUCAGCUAAACGUUCUGAUCUGUUGCGUCAGCCUCAUUACUUAAAAAAGGUUUUUGAUGCUAGUGGUUGUAUUAAUUUGGGAUCUAUCGCAUCCCACAACUGUCCCAGACUAAGUUUGGAAUAUUUAUUUCUCACACAGAAUAGAAUAGAUCAACUUUUGUACUAUGGGGGAUAGUAGAUUGACAUACGCUAGUGCUUUUGCUGUUCGUUAGGCCUACUCAUCUUGUUGUCUGACGAAAAGUAAAUGUGGACAGUUCUUCCAAUAUCUUCAAUAUGCACCUCGAAAUUGGAUAAGGACGUGCGCAGUUGCGUCCCCGAUGUUUUUGGUCUUCACUUGUAGCCUGUGAGAAAGACCCUAUCACGUGAUGGAGAGCCAUGUGAGUGAGAGGUGCUUCGGAACGCCCAGCCAGGAGAAGGGAAUUAUUACAUUCAGCCCAAGGGCACAAUGGCCACUGGCCGCAAAAGGCAUGGAUUUUUUUAGGGGGCAUUACAGCCACACAAAGGGGACGGCGCCAGGAAAUUCGAGGCAUUAUCAAGUGCUUGUCAAAUUGUGAAUGAGAGACUGAUGAAGUGUGUACAGCCUGCGUAAAAAUAAAGCAGAGCUCAUGCCUUUCAUGCGACUUUCUUCAAAUCAUCAUUAGUCGGAUCAUGCAGCCUUAGAAUGUAUUACAAAUCAAAACAUAUAGCCCAAUGUUUGAAUCACAACUAAAGUUACAUUAAUAACUCUAAAUUAAGCAUAUAGGAGUACCUGUUUCUUUGUUAACCGCUCAACACAGAAUAGCCGCAUGUGCGCACUCCCUCAAAUCAUUUGGAGAAAAUAUCCUUUCUAUUUUUUUCAGCUAUGUUCAAUUGUAUUCUUCAUACUAUAAAAUAAUGCCAUGAAUUCUAAGCAAAUCUUGUCUGCUAAAUGAACUAGUGUAGCCCACAGCCAUUUGGCAUAGCCAGAUCAGGACCUAACAUAAGGACAACUCAAAGUAUGCUAUUCUGUUCUUCUCAAAUAGACUACAUUUUCUUCAUAUCAUGUUUCUUUAGACCUGUCUGAAAUGUAUUGUUAUGUGUAGGCUAUAUUACAUGAUUUUAUGAGACUUUAAAAUGGAGGUGUUCCAAAGGUCUGCAUCAGUGGCUUGUAGGCUAUGCAUGGAAGCCAGGAGAUGCUAAAUGUGUUUGUUCAUUAAUGCUCAAUUACUGUGAGACCGGCAGUUAUUUCCUUGACAAUCACUGGCUGAAUUUUUGGUACGACACCCCCACAGCCCUAGUCUCAGCGGAGGGAUGGUGAGAGGCGGACCCUCUGCUGCUCUCUCCUGCCCUCUGCUGAAAUUGACCAUCAGAUGCAGGCACCAUCAGUCCAGUAAAAUACAAAAAGCGAAUUCCUCUGUGCCUCAAGUAAUACAACAACACGCGUUUGCUUCACACUGUUACAGUGUGGUAGUCACAGGACCAAAACAGCGGAGAAGUUGAGACUCGCGCUUCAAUGCUCUUAGUUGUUGCGGAAAUUGACCCAAUAGGCUGUUUACUUUCUGCAUCUACGUCAUAUCGCUGAGUCUAUACCUUUAAGAACAUCAAGUUUGUGAGUGACAACAUGCAAAAGAUCAGUCAUUCAUUCCUUUAUUGCAGUGGUCACCAACCUUUUAAAAUCAAAUCAAAUUUUAUUUGUCACAUGCGCCGAAUACAACAGGUGUAGACCUUACUGUGAAAUGCUUACUUACAAGCCCUUAACCAACAAUGCAGUUCAAGAAAUAGUUAAGAAAUUAUUAACUAAAUAAACUAAAGUAAAAAAGAAAAGAAAAAGUAACACAAUAACAAUAACAAGGCUAUAUACAGUGGGUACCGAGUCAGUGUGCGGGGGUACAGGAUAGUCGAGGUAAUUUGUACAUGUAGGUUGGGGUAAAGUGACUACGCAUAGAUAAUAAACAGUGAGUAGCAACACUGUAAAAACAAGGGGGUGGGGGGGUGUCAAUGUAAAUAUUCCAGGUGGCCAUUUGAUUAAUUGUUCAGCAGUCUUAUGGCUUAGGGGUAGAAGCUGUUAAGGAGCCUUUUGGACGUAGACUUGGCGCUCCGGUACUGCUUGCUGUGCGGUAGCAGAGAGAACAGUCUAUAACUUGGGUGACUGGAGUCUUGGACAAUUUUUUGGGCCUUCCUCUGACACCGCCUAGUAUAUAGGUCCUGGAUGGCAGGAAGCUUGGCCCCAGUGAUGUACUGGGCCGUACACACUACCCUCUGUAGCGCCUUACGGUCAGAUUCCAAGCAGUUGCCAUACCAGGCGGUGAUGCAACCGGUCAGGAUGCUCUCGAUGGUGCAGCUAUAUAACUUUUUGAGGAUCUCGGGACUCAUGCCAAGUCUUUUCAGUCUCCUGAGGGGGAAAAGGUGUUGUCGUGCCCUCUUCACGACUGUCUUGGUGUGUUUGGACCAUGAUAGUUUGUUGAUGAUGUGGACACCAAGGAACUUGAAACUCUCGAACCGCUCUACUACAGCCCCUCCCUAUAGGUUGUCUCAUCGUUGUCGGUGAUCAGGCCUACCACUGUUGUGUCGUCAGCAAACUUAAUGAUGGUGUUGGAGUCAUGCUUGGCCACGCAGUCGUGGGUGAACAGGGAAUACAGGAGGAGAUUAAGCAUGCACCCCUGAGGGGCCCCAGUGUUGAGGAUUAGCGUGGUAGAUGUGUUGUUGCCUACCCUUACCACCUGGGGGGCGGCCCGUCAGGAAGUCCAGGAUCCAGUUGCAGAGGGAGGUGUUUAGUCCCAGGGUCCUUAGCUUAGUGAUGAGCUUUGUGGGCACUAUGGUGUUGAACGCUGAGCUGUAGUCAAUGAACAGCAUUCUCACACAGGUGUUCCUUUUGUCCAGGUGGGAAAGGGCAGUGUUGCGUGCGAUUGUGAUUGCGUCAUCUGUGGAUCUGUUGGGGUGGUAUGCAAAUUGGAGUGGGUCUAGGGUUUCCGGGAUGAUGGUGUUGAUGUGAGUCAUGACCAGCCUUUCAAAUCACUUCAUGGCUACCGACGUGAGUGCUACGGGGCGGUAGUAAUUUAGGCAGGUUGCCUUCGCGUUCUUGGGCACAGGGACUAUGGUGGUCUGCUUGAAACAUGUAGGUAUUACAGACUCUGUCAGGGAGAGGUUGAAAAUGUCAGUGAAGACUUGCCAGUUGGUCUGCGAAUGCUCCGAGUACACGUCCUGGUAAUCCGUCUGGCCCCACGGCCUUGUGAAUGUUGACCUGUUUAAAGGUCUUGCUCACAUCGGCUACGGAGAGAGUGAUCACACAGUCGUCCAGAACAGCUGAUGCUUUCAUGCAUGUUUCAUUGUUGCUUGCCUCGAAGCGUGCAUAAAAGGCAUUUAGCUCAUCUGGUAGGCUCGCAUCACUGGGCAGCUCACGGCUGGGUUUCCCUUUGUAGUCCGUAAUAGUUUGCAAGCCCUGCCACAUCCGACGAGCGUAAGAGCCGGUGUAGUAGGAUUCAAUCUUAGUCCUGUAUUGAUGCUUUGCCUGUUUGAUGGUUCGUCUGAGGGCAUAGCAGGAUUUCUUAUAAGUGUUUCGGAUUGGUGUCCCGCUCCUUGACAGCGGCAGCUCUAGCCUUUAGCUCGGUGCGGAUGUUGCCUGUAAUCCAUGGCUUCUGGUUGGGAUAUGUAUGCACGGUCACUGUUGGGACAACGUCGUCGAUGCACUUAUUGAUGAAGCCGGUGACUGAAUCAAGAUCACUUUCUGAGUCAAAAUGCAAGUCGAGAUCUACUGCUCAGAUUUGUUUUAAACAUGACCUAAAAAAUGUAAGCCUAUUCAACAAUAACCUAUCAAAAAUAGUUCUGUAGCAAUGAGGUUUGUGCAGUAGGCCAUAGGCCCAAUACAUUAUCACUGGCUAUGCUUGAAUUGCCUGCCAAUGUUGUUCUUCUCAGACCAUUUUAAAAUUAUAUUUCAAAACUUAAGGUUUGUGAUCACGCUGGUAAUAGAUCAGUUGUUAUAUUUUACUGGACUGAUGGUGCCUGCUUCUGAUGGUCAGUUUCAGCAGAGGGAGGGAGAGAGCAGCAGAGGGUCCGCCUCUCACCAUCCCUCCUCUCUCCCUCCCUCCGCUGAGACUGACAGUGACUGAAAAGGGACAACGUCUUCCAGCUGAUGGUGAAACUCCAAGUUUCCUGGAGCGCCGGAAGAAGAUGGCUGCCGUUUUACAGCCCUCUAACCAAUUGUACUAUUAUGUGUGUUUUUCCGCGUUAUUUGUAAUUUAUUUUGUACAUAAUGUUUCUGCCAUCGUCUCUUAUAACCAAAGAGAGCUUCUGGAUAUCAGGACAGCGAUUACUCACCUGGUAUUGGACGAAGACUUUUUCUUCAACGAGGCGUUCGCGAAGGAUAUUCUACAGACACCCAACAAGGCCCAGAUCCCCGUCAUUCGCGUGAGGAAGAGACGGAGAUAUCGUGGACGCAGAUCCGGGUGCCUUGUAAGGAUCCGACGGCGAACAAGUAAACUGCCUCUCCCAUCAAUCCUAUUAGCCAACGUUCAAGCUUUUGAGAAUAAAAUGGACGAUUUAAGAUUACGGUUAUCCUACCAACGGGACAUUAAAAACUGUAAUAUCUUAUGUUUCACGGAGUCGUGGCUGAACGACAACAAUGACAACAUUCAGCUAGCAGGCUAUACGCUACAUCGGCAGGACAGAACGGCAGACUCUGGUAAGACAAGGGGCGGCGGUCUGUGUAUAUUUGUAAACAACAGCUGGUGCACAAAAUCAAAUACUAAGGAAGUCUCAAGGUUUUGCUCGCCUGAGGUAGAGUAUCUUAUGAUAAGCUGUAGACCACACUAUUUACCAAGAGAGUUUUCAUCUAUAUUUUUCAUAGCUGUCUAUUUACCACCACAAACCAAUGCUGGCAUUAAGAUUGCACUGAAUGAGUUGUACAAGGCCAUUAAUCAACAGGAAAACGCUCAUCCAGAUGCAGCGCUCCUAGUAGCCGGGGACUUUAAUGCAGGGAAACUUAAAUCCGUUCUACCUCAUUUCUACCAGCAUGUUAAAUGUGCAACCAGAGGGGAAAAAACUCUAGACCACCUUUACUCCACACACAGAGACGCAUACAAAGCUCUCCCUCGCCCUCCAUUUGGCAAAUCUGACCAUAACUCUAUCCUCCUGAUUCCUGCUUAUAAGCAAAAACUGAAGCAGGAAGCACCAGUGAUUCGGCUAAUAAAAAAGUGGUCAGAUGACGCAGAUGCUAAGCUACAGGACUGUUUUGCUAGCACAGACUGGAACAUGUUCCGGGAUUCUUCAGACAGCAUUGAGGAGUACACCACAUCAGUCACUGGCUUCAUCAAUAAGUGCAUCGAUGAUGUCGUCCCCACAGUGACCGUACGUACAUACCCCAACCAGAAGCCAUGGAUUACAGGAAACAUCCGCACUGAGCUAAAGGGUAGAGCUGCCGCUUUCAAGGAACGGGACUCUAACCCGGACGCUUAUAAGAAAUCCCGCUAUGACCUCCGACGAACCAUCAAACAGGCAAAGAGUCAAUACAGGUCUACUCGUCGGAUGUGGCAGGGCUUGAAAACUAUUACAGACUACAAAGGGAAGCACAGCCGCGAGCUGCCCAGUGACACAAGCCUACCAGACGAGCUAAACCACUUCUAUGCUCGCUUCGAGGCAAGCAACACUGAAGCAUGCAUGAGAGCACCAGCUGUUCCGGACGACUAUGUGAUCACGCUCUCCGUAGCCGAUGUGAGUAAGACUUUUAAGCAGGUCAACAUUCACAAGGCCGCAGGGCCAGACGGAUUACCAGGACGUGUACUCCGAGCAUGUGCUGACCAACUGGCAAGUGUCUUCACUGACAUUUUCAACAUGUCCCUGACUGAGUCUGUAAUACCAACAUGUUUCAAGCAGACCACCAUAGUCCCCGUGCCCAAGAACUCUAAGAUAACCUGCCUAAAUGACUACCGACCCGUAGCACUGACGUCUGUAGCCAUGAAGUGCUUUGAAAGACUGGUCAUGGCUCACAUCAACAGCAUAAUCCCAGAAACCCUAGACCCACUCCAAUUUGCAUACCGCCCCAACAGAUCCACAGAUGAUGCAAUCUCUAUCGCACUCCACACUGCCCUUUCCCACCUGGACAAGAGGAACACCUACGUGAGAAUGCUAUUCAUUGACUACAGCUCAGCAUUCAACACCAUAGUGCCCUCUAAGCUCAUCACUAAGCUAAGGAUCCUGGGACUAAACACCUCCCUCUGCAACUGGAUCCUGGACUUCCUGACGGGCCGCCCCCAGGUGGUAAGGGUAGGUAACAACACAUCUGCCACACUGAUCCUUAACACGGGGGCCCCUCAGGGGUGCGUGCUCAGUCCCCUCCUGUACUCUCUGUUCACCCAUGACUGCAUGGCCAGGCACGACUCCAACACCAUCAUUAAGUUUGCCGACGACACAACAGUGGUAGGCCUGAUCACCGACAACGAUGAGACAGCCUAUAGGGAGGAGGUCAGAGAUCUGGCCGUGUGGUGCCAGGACAACAACCUCUCCCUCAACGUGACCAAGACAAAGGAGAUGAUUGUGGACUACAGGAAAAAAAAGAGGACUGAGCACGCCCCCAUUCUCAUCGACGGGGCUGUAGUGGAACAGGUUGAGAGCUUCAAGUUCCUUGGUGUCCACAUCACCAACGAACUAUCAUGGUCCAAACACACCAAGACAGUCGUGAAGAGGGCACGACAAAGCCUAUUCCCCCUCAGGAGACUAAAAAGAUUUGGCAUGGGUCCUCAGAUCCUCAAAAAAUUCUACAGCUGCACCAUCGAGAGCAUCCUGACUGGUUGCAUCACCGCCUGGUAUGGCAACUGCUUGGCCUCUGACCGCAAGGCACUACAGAGGGUAGUGCGUACGGCCCAGUACAUCACUGGGGCAAAGCUCCCUGCCAUCCAGGACCUCUAUACCAGGCGGUGUCAGAGGAAGGCCCUCAAAAUUGUCAAAGACUCCAGCCACCCUAGUCAUAGACUGUUCUCUCUGCUACCGCACGGCAAGCGGUACCGGAGUGCCAAGUCUAGGUCCAAAAGACUUCUCAACAGCUUCUACCCCCAAGCCAUAAGACUCCUGAACAGCUAAUCAUGGCUACCCGGACUAUUUGCACUGCCCCCCCACCCCAUCCUUUUUACGCUGCUGCUACUCUGUUAAGUAUUUAUGCAUAGUCACUUUAACUCUACCCACAUGUACAUAUUACCUCAACUACCUCAACUAGCCGGUGCCCCCGCACAUUGACUAUGCAACGGUACCCCCCUGUAUAUAUAGCCUCCCUACUGUCACUUUAUUUUAUUGUAUAUAUAGCCUCCCUACUGUCACUUUAUUUUACUUCUGCUCUUUUUUUCUCAACACUUUUUUGUUGUUGUUUUAUUCUUACUUUUUUGUUUAAAAUAAAUGCACUGUUGGUUAAGGGCUGUAAGUAAGCAUUUCACUGUAAUGUCUGCACCUGUUGUAUUCGGCGCAUGUGACCAAUAAAAUUUGAUUUGAUUUGAUUUGAAGUCCCGCCGCAUUAUUUCUGCCACAUGCACAAAUUCAUGUUUUUACUCCUAUGACCAAAGAAAGUGAAAUAUUCCUUCAUAUUAAAAUAGGCACAAGCCAAUAACAAUGCAAGCCUUUCGAUACACUUUGCUACCCAUUCAUUGCAGCUGCAGUGCUUGUUGAAGCGCGAGUGAAAGUAGGGAGAAGCGCAUUGUAUGGCUUACAAAAGUGUUGAAUUAAGUGUUGACAGAGCUGAAUAAAAACGAAAACAUUUACUCACUCAUAAAAACAGCUGCUCUUUGCUGUAUUCGUUGACAUUGUCUCUCUAGUCAUGGUUUUAAAAGUUUAGAAAUCUCACAGUAUCAGCUUUGCUGUACGCUUGAGGAAGCUGCAGACACGGUUUUCUGAGCUAUCCAAAUGACCACCAGUAGGUGUACUUGAUUUUCUCUCCGGGCCCGCGGGGUAUGGCACAUGUUUUGAGGCUAUACAGUGUGGGUCCAUACUUAAAACUUGUGCUUAGACCGAAGGUUUAGACCUUUGGUCUAAAGUGGCUAGCUACUAGCUUUUCUCAUAGGCAAACCUGGCACAAUUAGCCGCCUGGCUACCACGAGUCAUUUGUAUGUCCGAUAACAAAAUAACUAAUCAACCUAUCGGAGAUCUUAAACAGUAGAGCCACCAUCCAAUCGCAUUUGUUUAACAGGUCAACUUGGCAAACUUCAAGGUUGACUUUGUUACCCUUGGUCUGUAACAAGAAGUGAAGUGUGCCAAUAUACAGCUAACUGCCAAAAUAAAGGAAACACUUGAGUAAAUGAGGGAUGCAAAGUAUUUUGAAAGCAGGUACUUCCACACAGGUGUGGUUCCUGAGUUAAUUAAGCAAUUUAAACAUCCUAUCAUGUUUAGGGUCAUGUAUAAAAAUGCCCAGUUGCUCAUUAUAUUAUGGCUACCAUGGCUAGAAGAAGAGAUCUCAGUGACUUUGAAAAAGGGGUCUCAAAGGAGCAUAGGGGGUUUAAAGGGUGUGUGUGUCCCCAGAUCUCAACCCAAUUGAACACUUAUGGGAGAUUCCUGAGCGGCGCCUGAGACAGCGUUCUCCACCACCAUCGACAAAACACAAAAUUAUGGAAUUUCUCUUGGAAGAAUGGUGUUGCAUCCCUCCAAUAGAGUUCCAGACACCUGUAGAAUCUAUGCAAAGGCACAUUGUUCUGGCGGCUCGUGGUGGCCCAACGCUAGUGCUGAGCGAUUAACCAACAUUUUGGUUAUUUUUCAUUUUUUAAACAACUAAUUGACCAACAUCUGUUCAAUAAUUAGAAUUCCAUUUUGUUCCUUUUUUCUGUGAGCUAAAUGCGCAUUUUCUCACUAGUUUCUCUACAGAUAAAUCAGGUCAAGCCCGAACUCUGCGAUGUAGUAGGAAGUUGUAGUUUCCAACACCCAAUAUUCUACAUAGUUUAGUGCAGGAAAUGUGGUAAUUAACUACAAUGACCAUAAUCCAUUGCGCACCUAAUUGUCCGGAGAGAAGAGAGAAUGUACGAUUGAGAGGGAUAAAGAGCAGUUGCUUUGCGAGGUCUCUCUACCUGAAAAUCCAUGAGCUACAGUGCCUUCAGAAAGUAUUCACACUCAUUGACUUUUUCCACAUUUUGUUGUUACAGCCUGAAUAUAAAAUGGAUUAAAUGUAGAUUUUUUUUGUCACUGGCCUACACACAAUACAAAAUGUAAAGCUGAACUAUCUUGAGUCAAUAAGUAUUAACCCCUUUGUUAUGGCAAGCCUAAAUAUGUUUUCUUAACUAACAUUUGCUUAACAAGUCACAAAUUGCAUGGACUCAUCUCAAAUAAUAAUCUGUAACGUCCCUCAGUUGAGCAGUGAAUUUAAAUCACAGAUUCAACCACAAAGACCAGGGAGGUUUUCCAAUGCCUCACAAAGAAGGGCACCUAUUGGUAGAUGGGUAACAACAUUUAAAAAGCAGACAUUGAAUAUCCAUUUGAGCAUGGUGAAGUUAUUAAUUAGGCUUUGGAUUGUGUAUCAAUACACUCAGUCACUACAAAGAUACAGGUGUGCUUCCUAACACAGUUGCCGGAGAGGAAGGAAACCGCUCAGGGAUUUGGCCAAUGGUGAUUUUAUAGAACAGUUAUAGAGUUUAAUGGUUGUGAUAGGAGAAAACUGAAGAUGGGUCAACAACAUUGUAGUUACUCCACAAUACUAACCUAAUUGACAGAGUGAAAAGAAGGAAGCCUGUACAUAAUACAAAUAUUCCAAAACAUGCAUCCUGUUUCCGCACUAACAUAAUGCUUCAAAACAUUUGGCAAGGCAAUUCACUUUUUGUCUUGAAUACAAAGUGUUAUGUUUGGGGCAAAUCCAAUACAAGACAUUACUGAAUACCACUCUCCAUAUUUUCAAGCGUAGUGGUGGCUACAUCAUGUUAUGGAUUUGCUUGUAAUCGUUAAGGACUGGGGAGGUUUUCAGGAUGAAAAAGAAACGGAAUGGAGCUAAGCACAGGCAAAAUCCUAGAGGAAAACCUGUGUUCAGUCUGCUUUCCACUAGACACUGGGAGAUGAAUUCACCUUUCAGCAGGACAAGCUGAAACACAAGGCCAACUCUACACUGGAGUUGCUUACCAAGAAGACAUUGAAUGUUCCUGAGUGGCCGAGUUACAGUUUUGACGUAAAUCUACUUGAAAAUCUAUGGCAAGAUUUAAAUGUUUGUCUAGCAAUGAUCAACAACAAACUUUGACCGAGCUUGAAGAAUUUUGAAAAGAAUAAUGGGCAAAUGUUGCACAAUCCAGGUGUGGAAAGAUCUUAGAGACUUACCCAGAAAGACUCACAGCUGUAAUCGCUGCCAAUGGUGCUUCUACAAAGUAUUGACUCGGGGGGGUUGAAUACUUAUCUAAUCAAGAUAUAUUCGUGUUUUAUUUUUCAUACGUUCUAAUUUUUCUUUCACUUCGACAGAGUGUUUUAUGUAGAUCGUUGACAAAAAAUGACAAUUAAAUAAAUUGUAAUCCCACUUUGUAACACACAUUGUGGAAUAAAUCAAGGGGUAUGAAUACUUUCUGAAGGCACUGUAAGUGAUUGAUAGUUGGCAUUCAGCAUUCAUAAAAGUAUGCCUUAUUUGCUUUGAAGAUCUACUAAAAUAGUGAAUUUGUCAGACAGCAUAGGCAGCAGCUCUAUAGAGAUGAGAUGAUGACUUGGAAUGAAAUAAUACAGUGCCUUCAGAAAGUAUUCACACCCCUUGACUUUUUUCACAUUUUGUUGUAUGCCUACGCAAUAGUGCACAGCGACAGACAGACGCACGCACGCACACUUGCACAACACACCGUGUCACUGUGUGGUGCUGGGAAUAACAGUCUGGUAACACUUUACAUGAGCCAGUUCCUUAUGUAAGAACAAAACCAUAUAUUGACCAUAACGUCAACCAAAUCAGCAGUUCAGAGGUAUGUGCAGGAGUAUUUUUUAAAUAAGGUGGUAUGGUUCCCCUGUGGUUCUUUCCUGAGUUCGGUAUUCAUUUGUUUGAGAAUAAAUAUCCAAUGGCUUUUGCAAAUCAAAUCAAAUCAAAUUGUAUUGGUCACAUGCGCCGAAUACAACCGGUGCAGACAUUACAGUGAAAUGCUUACUUACAGCCCUUAACCAACAGUGCAUUUAUUUUUAACAAAAAAAGUAAAAAUAAAACAACAAAAAAAGUGUUGAAAAAAAGAGCAGAAGUAAAAUAAAAUAACUGUAGGGAGGCUAUAUAUACAGGGGGGUACCGGUGCAGAGUCAAUGUGUGGGGGCACCGGCUAGUUGCAGGUGCCAAAUAUGAAAGUGAAUGGACUCUGCACACUGCAAUUCCUUCUCCCUUAUGAUUAGUGUGUUUGCUCACCUAUUGAUGUGUUUCGGCCAGGUGGACCAAUCAGGGUUGUUCCUCCCCCCGCAGGACUAUGACCACAACACAGCCAAUGAAAAGGUGAGUAAAGUUCAGGUGGCUAGAGGGGUGGGUGGGGGCCAGUAAGGGUGGGGUAUUUACCUACCCAUGGCUGUCAAAAUGAGGUACUGUAACAAAUUAACAUAUAUUAGAUUGAUCACGUUUGCAAUCAUAUCGCGUGAAACGAUGCACACAAACUCUGUCAGGGUGGAAUAGUCCAUUAUUAUGAACCAGUCUGUGGCUGAUUUAAUGACACUUGUUUUUACUAUUAUGAGAAAAACUUUGAUUAUAUCCCCUCCCACACAUUUUAAGGCGUAUCUGGACUACAUGGUGCAGCUGGGCCUGCUGUUGGGAGGGGAUAAGAACUCCACACAGAGCCAGAUGCAGCAGAUCCUGGACUUUGAGACGGCGCUUGCCAACAUCACCGUAUCGCAGGACAAACACUGCGACAAGAAGAAGGUCUACCACAAGAUCACCAUCACCGAGCUGCAGGUGUGUGUGCAUCUGUCGGGUGGGGGUUAAAUAAUAAUAAAUAAUAAUAUGCCAUUUAGCAGACGCUUUUAUCCAAAGCGACUUAGUCAUGUGCGAAUACAUUUUUACGCAUGGGUGGUCCCGGGGAUCGAACCCACUACCCUGGCGUUACAAGCGCCAUGCUCUACCAAUUGAGCUACAGAGGACCACGAGAGUGGGAGAGAGAGGAGGUACAUAAAGUGAAGUGGAUUUUAUGUGAGGUGGCUUUUGAGUGGAUCAGAACCACAUGCCAUCAGAUCAGGCUGGAAAACCUCUGGGUUUACUCUUAAUCAAUUAGUCUGUUCUCACCUUUCCUCCUGUCUCCAUUACAGUGUCAAAACAUGCAUGGGUUUUCCACACAGCCCAUCCCCCACCAACUCACCCUGAGCCUCUUCACACCUUUGUCUGUGUUUUAUUCCUCCUCUGAGGACUAAAACUAUCCUGCAGUCCUCUUCUUUGUUUAUGAACGCUCUCCUGGUCUUGCCAAGAGCUGUUGCUGGGCCUUUCUAUCUCCACAGCUGCAGCAGAACUGCACAGAGAUGGUGAAGGGUAGGAGGAAAAGUAGGAUCUUCUGUCAACAAAUGGACAGGCCGUUGAUAUGGUGUUGAAGCAAUUGAAAGUCAGCAUUUGUAGGAUGGUUUGAAUCAUUGAAAUGGGUGGUAAUGGGUAGAUUGUGUAUACCACUGGCAUUUUUAUGGGUUGUUCCACCUAAAAAAAACAAGAAAGAGGAUUUCGACACCCACCAUCUCAGAAUGUUCUGAAAUCAUUUCUGUUGUUAGAAACGGAUAAGAUUAGCACUUCUGCAAAAUUACUUUGUUGAAAUAUACACUGAACAAAAGUAUAAACGCAACAAGCAACAAUUUCAAAGAUUUUACUCAGUUACAGUUCAUAUAAGGAAAUCAGUCAAUUGAAAUCAAUUAAUUUGGCCCUAAUCUUAUGCAUUUCACAUGCAUCUGUUGGUCACAGAUAAAUUUUUUAAAAGGUAGGGGCGUGGAUCAGAACACAAGUCAGUAUCUGGUGUGACCACCAUUUGCCUCAUGCAGCGCAUGCCGCAUACAUCUCCUUCGCAUAGAGUUGAUUAGGCUGUUGAUUGUGGCCUGUGGAAUGUUGUCCCACUCCUCUUCAAUGGCUGUGUGAAGUUGCUGGAUAUUGGCGGGAACUGGAACACGCUGUCGAUCCAGAGCAUUCCAAACAUGCUAAUGAGUGACAUGUCUGGUGAGUAUGCAGGCCAUGGAAGAACUCUGACAUUUUCAGCUUCCAGGGAUUGUGUACAGAUCCUUGCAACAUGGGGCUGUGCGUUAUCAUGCUGAAACAUGAGGUGAUGAAUGGCAUGACAAUGGGCCUCAGGAUCUCGUCACGGUAUCUGUGCAUUCAAAUUGUCAUCGAUAAAAUGCAAUUGUAUUCGUUGUCCGUAGCUUAUGCCUACCCAUACCAUAACCCCACCCCCACCAUGGGGCACUCUGUUCACAACGUUGACAUCCGCAAACCACGACUGCCAUCUGCCCGGUACAGUUGAAACUGGGAUUCAUCCGUGAAGAGCACACUUCUCCAGUGUGCCAGUGGCCAUUGAAGGUGAGCAUUCGCCCACUGAAGUCGGUUACAACGCCAAACUACAAUCAGGUCAAGACGACGAGCACGCAGAUGAGCUUCCCUGAGACAGUUUGUGCAGAAAUGAUUUGGUUGUGCAAACCCACAGUUUCAUCAGCUGUCUGGGUGGUUGGUCUCAGACGAUCCCGCAGGUGAAGAAGCCGGAUGUGGAGGUCCUGGACUUACGUGGUUACACAUGGUUUGUGGUUGUGAGGCCAUUUGGACAUACUAGCAAAUUCUCUAAAAUGACGUUGGAGGCGGCUUAUGGUAGAGAAAUGAACAUUAAAUUCUCUGGCAACAGCUCUGGUGGACGUUCUUGCUGUCAGCAUGCCAAUUGCACGCUGCCUCAACUUGAGACAUCUGUGGCAUUGUGUUGUGUGACAAAACUGCACAUUUUAGAGUGGCCUUUUAUUCUCCCCCAGCACAAGGUGCAUCUGUGUAAUGAUCAUGCUGUUUUAAUCAGCUUCUUGAUAUGCCACACCUGUCAGGUGGAUGGAUUAUCUUGGCAAAGGAGAAAUGCUCAUUAACAGGGAUGUAUUUGUCGCCAAAUUUGAGAGAAAUUAAGCUUUUUGUGCAUAUGGGAAAUUUCUGGGAUCUUUUAUUUCAGCUCAUGAAACAUGGGACCAACACUUUACAUGUUGCAUUUAUAUUUGUGUUCAGUAUCAUUUGAUCUCUGAGAAAUUAAGCUAACUGAUUGCAUCCAUUUUAAUUUAUAGGAUUAAUAUAAUAUUCAAUAAAUAUAGUACCUAACAUCUGAUUUGGACCAAACAUGAGGAAUCCAAAGGAAUGGCCAAAAACCACCCACGGACCUCCCAUACCUCACACCAAUCCCAUCCCAACAACGAGUAUAUACAGUAGUAUCAGUUCUGUGUCUGACAAGUAGUAUGGAGCUGCGGCUCGGAGUAUUGUUUCUUCAUCCUAUGUAAUGCAUUCCCAGUGAAUUUGGUGAUAAUUUUUUCCACAGGGGAAUUUGUAAUUGAAGUUGUUAGGUUUAUGUCCCAUCCUGCUAUUACCAGAUUCUGACCACUAGAUGGUGCUGUUCCUGCUAUUAGGUGAAAAAAGUUUGAAGAUUCCCCCGACUCAAUGUUAAAGGGAUAGUUCACCCAAAUUACAAAAUCAAAUACGUUUCCUUACCCGUGUAACCAAUGGUUAUGGAUGAAGACCGUCAUUAAAAUAAAAUAACCAUCAUAACCAUUAUUUAAAAAAAAUAUACUGACUAAAGACGGAACGGCCGGGCGUCCAUGCAGUUGAGUCCGUUUCUGCCAUAACAUGGACCGUUAACUACGUGAUGAAACUUUGUUGCUCCUUUCUGAAACAAGCAAGGUGUUAUAGCAAACAAGUCUUCAGUUGUCUUGGCACUGCCCUCUGCAAUGCAGCAGCAACACAUAUAACUAGAAUGAAUAGAACAGGUUUGGAACCUUUUUAUUUUUUAUUAUUUGUAGAAAUAUUUAUUAUUAUUAGGGUAAUUCUUAAAUUGUUGCUUUCCUGUCCCCCGCCUUAACCACCAGGAAAAACACUUAAACAUUUCAGAUAAUAAUAAUAAAAACAUUUAAGAGACCAUUUGAGUAUCGAUUGAUUUCAUUACCUUCUUAUUCGUACAGAGCGUAGUAUUGAAUGGGGCAAACUGAUUAUUUAAAUCUACACUCUGAAAACAAAAGGUUCCUGGAGUAUCCUUUAGGGGUUCUUCAAAUUGAAAGUUCUGUCCUUGAGCUGUGCUUGUCUACUAAUGUUCUGUAUUAUGUCAUGUUUCAUGUUUUGUGUGGACCCCAGGAAGAGUAGCCGCUGCUUUUGCAACAGCUAAUGGAGAUCCUAAUAAAAUACCAAAUACCAAAAACUGUGGGGGAACCCAUAUAAGUUAUUUGAAGAACCAUUUAAAAGGGGUUCUUCAAAGAACCCCUUUUAAUGGAUCCUCAAAUAACCUUUUGGAGUACAUGUUUGAACUACCCCCCCCCCUCCCCUAUUAUUAUUAUUAUUAUUAUUAUUAUUAUUAUUAUUAUUAUUAUUAUUAUUAUUAUUAUUAAUGUUAAUAAUAAUAUGCAUAACAACAAUAACACUAUUUUAGUUCUCAGUGUUUAUUAUGAUUUUAGUGGCAAAGCAGAAUAAAAAAAUCCAAAAUGAGGUCAACUCCCAGCAGAGCCCCAAGUCCAAUGGAUAUAUCCUCUGGCAUGUUAAUGUGUAGGCCUCUACAUUAUGGACAAGGUAUCUGUAUGAAAACCAUUAUCAAACUUUUUUUCCAUUAACAUUCACCACAAAAACCAAGGUUUGAAUACUGUCGUAUGCAUGUUUUGUAAAUUAUCUGUAUAAUUACUAUUUUUUGGAUUCACAGACUUCACCCUCCCUAGACCUCUGAUGAAUAUAACAGGAAACCUGUUCGAUCACCAUGCACUGCAAAAUCAUUAUGGCUAUGGAUAUGGAGAACAUCAAUACAUUAACAUCAACACGCCAGAGGAAAUACACAUUGGACUUGGGGCUCUGCUGGGAGUUUACCUCAUAUUUGGAUUUUUUUAUUCUGCUUUGCCACUAAAAUCAUAAUAAACACUGAGAACUAAAAUAUUGUGUUAUUGUUAAGCAUAUUACUAAUAAUAAUAGGGAAGGGGGGGGGGGGGGGUAGUUCAAAAAUUAACCCCAAAAUGUUCUUCAAAAGAUUCUUUGAGAAUACAUUAAAAGGGUUCUUCAAAGAACUUAUAGGGGUUCCCCCACCGUUUCAAUUUGAAGAACCCCUAAAGGAUCCUCCAGGAACCUUUUACUUUUUAGUGUAGCUGAUGCAUUUCCUGCUUUUACUUAUGCAGGAAAAUUAAAGUUAGGCAUGUGAUAUAUAAAUGUUUAAUAGAAUUAAUGUCAACCUAAAAUAUUGUCGUAUAAUUAGAAGUAUAGUUUAUGCAUGUAUACAAUUUUCGGUAUAAAUAGCCUCUAAAAUAAAUGUAAACAGGCCAUAAAUGUAUAGAUUGACUGCAUUGUUUGACUGGAAUAUUGGCAUAUUGGUAGUUAAUUAGAUAAAUUAAUGGAAUAAUGUAUCUAAAACUGGCUGGCUUGCUAGCUAACAAACAUACAGUGCAGAUAAUCUUCAAAUUCAUUGUUUUAAACAAUAUCCUAUCACAGCACUGGCAAACCAUGGUUGACCAACUGCCUUACCAAAAUGGCUGACCUUUAUACCAUAAGGUUAAUGUCCAUUCUCGUAUUCUAAUUCCUAAUUCUAUGUGUCUAAUGCAAUGUGUUGUGCGGAUCCAACAAUAUGCCUCAUUAAUUGGGUCGAUAGACACAAUUUUGUGUGUGAAAUCAUGAAGAUAUGUGGGACACAGACUCCUUUUGACAUGGAUUCUGAAAAUGUCUGAAAACUGUCCUUUUCACAAGGGUGACCUCUGACCUUUAACCUCUCUCGCCCUCAGCUGCUGGCUCCGGCGGUGGACUGGCUGGACUACCUGUCAUCGGUCCUGUCCCCUCUGGACCUGAACGACACGGAGCCCGUGGUGCUCUAUGCCAAGGAGUUCCUGCAGCAGGUGUCUGACCUGAUCAACAAGACCGAUCGCAGGUAAGGACCUGGACGGAACCCCACCUGGUCUUUCUUAUCCCCCUACAGCCAAAGGCGCCGUAACGGGUCACGUGGUCAUGAAGUACUCCAGGCUCCUCCAUAGCUGCAGGAAGUAGGGAUGCUGGAGGUGCUGCAGCACCCCCUGAUAAGUAAAAAUAAUUUCAUCAAAAACAUAUCAUUAUUUUUCAAAAAAUUAUAUUACUCUUGUCUGAACAGACAUAAAUAACAUCUUUCAAAAGUAUGUGGAUUCGGCUAUUUCAGCCACACCCGACUUUCAACGCGGCACUGUCAUAGGAUGCCACCUUUCCAACAAGUCAGUUCGUCAAAUGGAAGUACAGAAAGGGUUUGUCGAGAUCUGUGUGGAAGAACUUGACUGGCCUGCACAGAGCCCUGACCUCAACCCUAUCGAACAUCUUUUGGAUGAAUUGGAACGCUGACUGCGAGCCAGGCCUAAUCAUCCAACAUCAGUGCCCGACCUCACUAAUGCUUUUGUGGCUGAAUGUAAGCAAGUCCCCGCUGCAAUGUUCCAGCAUCUAGUGGAAAUCCUUCCCAGAAGAGUGCAGGCUGUUAUAGCAGCAAAGGGGGGACCAACAGCAUAUUAAUGCCCAUAAUCUUGGAAUGAGAUGUUCGACGAGCCAUUUAGUGUGUGUGUGUGUGUUCCUCAUAUUGUGCAAUCUGUGUCUCCAUUGGCCUGUGCUAUUGUUUGCAUGCAAGACCAGGUCGUUUUUAUUGCUCUGUUUGUCACUGUCAGAGUAGCCAGUCAUUUGUGUGGUAUUAAAAAAGAUUAUAAUGUCUUCUAUCAUGUUAAUGAGGUAGAAUUGCUUGAAUUGUGUUUAUAAAAGGCACAUAUUUUCCUGACCAUGCCAGAAAAAAAAUCCCCAUGUGUGAAAAUAAAAAACAAUGCCUCUGCUCAACUGUACAGUGCAUUCGGAAAGUAUUCAGACCCCUUCCCUUUUUCCAUAUUUUGUUAUGUUAUAGCCUUAUUCUAAAAUUCUUAUACAUCUACACACAAUACCCCAUAAAGACAAAGCAAAAACAGGUUUUUAGACAUUUUUGCUAAUGUAUUAAAAACAAAAAUACCUUAUUUACAUAAGUAUUCAGACCCUGCUAUAAGACUCGAAAUUGAGCUCAGGUGCAUCCUGUUUCCAUUGAUCAUUCUUGACAUGUUUCUACAACUGGAUUGGAAUCCAAUGGUGGUAAAUUCUAUUGAUUUGGACAUGAUUUGGAAAGGCACACAACUGUCUAUAUAAGGUCCCACUGUUGACAGUGCAUGUCAAAGCAAAAACGAAGUCAUGAGAUCGAAGGAAUUGUCCGUAGAGCUCAGAGACAGAAUUGUGUCGAAGCACAGAUCUGGGGAAGGGUACCAAAAAAUUUCUGCAGCAUUGAAGGUCCCCAAGAACACAGUGUCCUCCAUCAUUCUUAAAUGGAAGAAGUUUGGAACCACCAAGACUCUUCCUAGAGCUGGCCGCCCAGCCAAACUGAGCAAUCGGGGGAGAAGGGCCUUGGUCAGGGAGGUGACCAAUAACCAGAUGGUCACUCUGACAGAGCUCCAGAGUUCCUCUGUGGAAAUGGGAGAACCUUCCAGAAGGACAACAAUCUCUGCAGCGCUCCACCAAUCAGGCCUUUAUGGUAGAGUGGCCAGAUGGAAGCCACUCCUCAGUAAAAGGCACAUGACAGCCCUCUUGGAGUUUCCCAAAAGGCACCUAAAGGACUCAAACCAUGAGAAACAAGAUUCUCUGGUCUGAUGAAACCAAGAUUGAACUCUUUGGCCUGAAUGCCAAGAGUCAAGUCUGGAGGAAACCUGGCACCAUCUUUACGCUGAAGCAUGGUGGUGGCAGCAUCAUGCUGUGGGGAUGUUUUUGUCAUUAUGGGGUAUUGUGUGUAGAUUGAUGAGGGAGGGAGGGGGAGGAGGGGGGGGGGGGUCAAUUUAAUCAAUUUUAGAAUAAGGCCGUAACGUAACAAAGUGGAAAAAGUCAAGGGGUCUGAAUACUUUCCGAAUGCACUGUACUCUACACAAAUAAUUUUUCUUCCACUUCGACAGAGUAUUUUGUGUAGAUUGUUGACCAAAAAUGACAAAGCAAUUUUAAUCCCAUUUUGUAACAACAUUUUUUAGAAGGUCAAGGGGUGUGAAUACUUGACCUGACCAUAAUGUCAUGACAAAUGUCAUAAUGACCUCCUUGCAACCAGUUUUGCCCAGCGGGAAAACAGUCAUUGGAUUGCCCUAACCAACAGGACGUUGGCUGUCGUUGUUUGUUUGCUUAUUCUUGUCACCCACUUGUCCUCCUGUUUCCUCUUCCUCCUCGCCUCUCCCCUUCUAUCUCUCCUGUCUCUCCCCGUCUCUCAGCCUGCUCAACAACUACAUGAUCUGGAACCUGGUGCAGAAGGGUGUGUCCAGUCUGGACCAGCGCUUUGAGAACGCCCAGGACAAGCUGCUAGAGAGCCUGUAUGGAACCAAGAAGGUGUGUUUUAGGUUCAAUCCUAAAUGGCACCCUAAUCCCUAUGUAGUGCACUACCUUUGACUAGGGCCGUUAGAGCUCUGGUUAAAAGUAGUGCACUAGGGAAUAGCGUGUCAUUUGGGACGCUGGCAUAUUCUUACUUAUGUCAUUGAUUAAUCCUGCUUUGUGACAUACCUGGUUAGGGCCGGUUUCCCGGACACAGAUUAAGCCUAGUCCUGGACUAAAGAGCCAUUUCAAUUGAGAUUUCUGUUGAGCAUGCUUUUUAGUACUAGACAAGGCUUAAUCUGUGUCCGGGAAACCAGGCCUUGCAAUUUGUAUGCGAGACUGUUUGGGCUCUUAGCAAUUAAUGUGUGCUUCCUCAACACACUUGCAGUACACAAACUUUUCACAAACAAAACGAUAAGAGUAAACAGCUGGUGAGAGACUUGUCUGUCUGUCUCUGUGUGUGUUUUCAGUCCCGCACACCUCGAUGGCAGACCUGCAUUGAUAACACAGAUGACACGCUCGGCUUCGCCCUGGGAGCGCUCUUUGUUAAAGCGACGUUUGAUAAACACAGCAAAAAGAUUGUGAGUUUGAUAGGCACACAACUGCAUUGAUGUCUAUUCAAGCCUGUGGUGGGGUUUAUUACCACGUGAACGAUGCAUGACUGCUCCCUAGUGGUUACCAUGUGUAAUAAAAGGUCAUGUGGUCUCACUGUAAACAAAGCCAUCAUAAAAUAACCCUAUUUGCUAACACUUUAUUAUAAUUUUCACGAGUAAGCUAUUUUAAAUUCUUAUCAAUGUUUAUGAAUGCCUAUAGAUGCUUUGUACAAUGUUAUAAAUGCUUAUGAAUUGUAACACUAAUAAUGCUGAUCGCUUAUGCUAAUUUCUUACAAAUGUUUACAAUUAAUGAAAUACUAAUUUAGUUAUAGUUCCCUGUCCUGUAGAGGAGCGGGAGAAACAGAGGGAUAAAGGAGAGAAAAACUGGAAUAUUAAAUGGAGAGAUUGUUAUUGGGUAGAGAAAAGAGGGGCAAAUAGAAGAGGGAGACAUGGAAGCAGAGAUGCACAGUGGGAGGACUGGCAAGGGGGUUAGACUGUCACACAUAAUUGUUCAUAUUUUAGUGGUUACAAGUUUCUGUCAUCCUUUCCUUAUGUUUUUGAAUUUGAUGGAUGGGCUGGUUCGGAUUGCCGUGGGUAUUUCGUUACAUGUCAGAGUGUAAUUGUAGAAGAAGUAUCUAUUCCAUCUUUCUUCCUUCUUACAUUUCAUUUAUAUCUCUCACCCCACUAUCAGGCAGAGGGGAUGAUCAAUGAGAUCCGUACUGCGUUCAAAGACGCUCUGGAUAACAUCAAGUGGAUGGACAAACAGACGCGGAAGGCAGUCAAAGACAAGGUCAUAGAUGUCACCUACUGGAUAGGCUAUAUAUGGGUGCCAGAGGGUAUAGUGUGUGUGUGUGUGUGUGUGUGUGUCUGCGUUCCUGCGAGUGUGUAAGAGGACAGGGAGGGAGGGAGGGAGGGAGGGAGGGAGGGAGGGAGGGAGUAUUAUUGGGUUCCAGGUUACAAUACAGUGGUUUGAAUAGAUUGAGAGAGCCCUCUUUGUCUAGAUCUCCAAAUAAUGGAACUAGGAGGUUUUCCGGCCCCAUUCCUCCGUCUUGCCCUCUAAUCCACUUUGUCCCCCUGAUCUUUAGGCGGACACCAUCUACAACAUGAUUGGAUUCCCUGACUUCAUCCUGGACCCUAAAGAACUGGAUGAUGUUUAUGACGGGGUGAGUGGGUGCCUUUUGUUCAGUUGUCAUGAUUGAACCCUUGUCAUUUCAAAUGACAAGGGCACUGUAGAUCAGUGAGUCAUUCUUUCUCUGUCUGUCUUUCUGUUUGUCUAUCCGUCUCUGUCCACAGUAUGAUGUCUCAGAAGACAACUUUUUCCAGAACACACUCAACUUCUACAACUUCUCCGCCAGGGUGAUGGCCGAUCAUCUCCGCAAGCCACCCAACAGGGACCAGUGAGUCUUCAUCAGCUACACACAUCAUUACUAUACCUCAGUGCAUAUUUGAACUGUAUAUUAACUUGCUUCUUCAUCUUAACCAGGGUUGGGUAGGUUACUUUCUAAAUGUAAUAAGUUAGUUACUAGUUACCUGUCUAAUUGUAAUCAGUAUCGUAACUUUGAUUACUUUGUUACUUUUGGAUGACUUUCCCUUAAGAUUCAUUAGAAGAAGACACAUAGGAUCCAUCAAACGCAUUUGGUGUGUCAUUAUAGUGGUCAGACUUAAACUUGCGCCUUUUUCAAUACUGAAUUGUAUGUCAGUAGCUAGGUUUACAUCCAAUUAGCAACAGAUUUUAAUGUGAAUAUUCUAAAAUCUGCAUAAGAACAAUAUGCGCAUUUUCCCACCAGAGAUGGUUUGUUGCAGAUUGAUUUGUUGCAGAUAAAAGUCUGUGCGAGAUGACGUAGUGCACAGAAAAUUACUUUUGCGGUUAAAUUCCCAUAUACCGAAUAAAAAAAGACAAGUUAAAUGGGUUUCCAUCGCAUUUGUAACACUACUGAUUGGUUUUCUAACAAACAUUUGUGCGUUAUAUAGCGAGUGUGCACACUCUGGGAUUGGCACGUGCAGCACGUAUAGCCUACAUGAUGAGAUCAUUGUUAUUAUUAUUAUUAUGGACAAAAGAGGGAGAUUUAUUUGUAUUUGUCAAACAGCAGCCAAGCAUAGAUUAUCAUGUCACAAGAAUAAAACCUUUGAUAUUUAUUGGAAAGGAGCAUCAAGCUCAUCACCUUGAUACCCAUCUCUUGAUACUCUCACGAGCCUCAACUGGUUUGCUCUCUUACACACGUUUCCGCCACCUCCCCAUAGAUGGAGUAUGACCCCUCCCACAGUCAACGCCUACUACAUGCCCACCAAUAAUGGCAUUGUCUUCCCAGCUGGAAUCCUUCAGGCACCCUUUUACGCAAAGGAUCACCCCAAGUGAGUGUGUGCAUAUGAGUGUGUGUGCGCGUGUGCUCGCAUUUCUGACCCCAUGUGAAUUCUCUGCAGAGCCUUGAACUUCGGGGGGAUCGGAGUGGUGAUGGGACACGAACUCACGCAUGCCUUUGGUGCCCAGGGUUAGUGUCCACCUUUAACUUACACUCCACGUAACUCAUGAACACAUCCUCACAAAACACCCACAGACCAACACACAUCGGCAUGUAUACAUAUACUGUACAUGAUAUAUAUAUAUAUAUUUAUAUUCCUUUAUCAGGCAGGGAAUACGACAAAGAUGGGAACCUUCGGCCAUGGUGGCAAAAUUCCUCUGUGAACGCAUUUAAGAAUCACACGGAAUGCAUGGUGGAGCAGUACAAUGGGUAUACCAUCAAUGGGGAGCACAUAAAUGGCAAGCAGACGCUGGAAGAGAACAUUGCUGACAACGGAGGCCUAACGGCAGCCUAUAAUGUGAGUGGGUCUCCCUCCUUGUUAACGCAUUACAUUUAGUUGCUCACAUACAUGUCUGUGUAGUAACUCCGUAAUCACUGUAGUAAUUCUGUACUGUAGUAAAGUUCGGUCAUAUUGUAACAGUAAUGGGUUUGAGCGUUAUUGCCCAAAUCCAUUGCUAUGUAAUUCUAAAGCAAUUACAUAGUUACUGCUAUGUAACAUGUUACUAAGAUGUUACUACACAGGACUCUUAUUAUACUAUACUAUAACUAUAGUAUUACUAUACUUCACCUCAGGGCCAGCAGAGUGGUAGUUAAUGUUUCUAUAGUAAUGGGGUUUUCUGUUGUGUUCAGGCGUACCAGGCAUGGGUGCAGGAGAACGGUGAGGAGAAGAGGCUGCCGGCAGUCAACCUGACCAAUGACCAACUGUUCUUUGUGGGAUUCGCCCAGGUGGGUGAUGGGAGUGUCAACAGAAUGCAUUACACACAUCCUGAUAGAGUUCACGUCAAAUACACUACAUGACCAAAAGUAUGUGGACACCUGCUCAUCUAACAUCUCAUUCCAAAAUCAUGGGCAUUAAUAUGGAGUUGGUCCCCCCUUCGCUUCUAUAACAGCCUCCACUCUUCUGGCAUUAGAGGUCAUUAGUGAGGUCGCACUGUGGAGAUUGCAUGGCUGUGUGCUCAAUUGUACACACCUGUCAGUAACGGGUGUGGCUGAAAUAGCCAAAUCCAUUAAUUUGAAACAGUGUCCACAUACUUUUGUAUAUAUAGUGUACUGACGAGGAGUUUGCCUGACCAUGUCAUAGGUUGUAAAAGUUUUUCCUAGUCUCAGGAUGAAUUCCUGGCCCUACAUCAUGAAAUAAGGAGGGGUGAAUGUUUUUUUGGGGUUGGUAGUAAGAGUGGACUAUUACAACUACUGUUUGAGAGGAGAAGUAGCAACCAAACUGAGUACAAAUGAAUGAAUUAUACAGAGAGAAGAACACUAGCUAUUGUCUGGCUUAUCGGGGGACCCUCUCUUCUCUCAGGUGUGGUGUUCCGUGCGAACCCCGGAGAGUACCCACAAGGGAUUCAUGACAGACCCCCACAGCCCCUCAAAGUACCGUGUCAUCGGCGCCCUCUCCAACUCGCCAGCCUUUGCAGAGCACUUCCAGUGCCCCACUGGCUCCCAGAUGAACCCUGGUCACCGCUGCACGGUGUGGUAGAGCCUAGGCAGAACCACAGGGAGGCGCUGUCUGUGGAGGCUGCAUGGAGAACCAAGAGGAGGAGGAGGAAGAGAAGAGCUGA